UGGUAUGUUCCGUGUUGACGCGGGAUUUAGUUGAAUCAGUCAGAAUCGUGAAGUCGCGGUUUUCAUUUUCAUGAGUAGAUUAAAUAGAUUGAGGAAGAUAAUGGAGCAGAAAUAUGAAGAAGAGAUCCAGAUGCUACAGCAGGAAAUUGAAAUGCUGGAGGCUGAACAGGAGGAGACUUUACGGUCCAUUUUCAUAGAGCAUGGAGAUCGACUACAGCAUGAACUAAAGUCAGUGUUUGAGGAAAGAGGAGGAGCACAGAAACCCACUCUUUCAAAGCUGAUCACAGAAGUCAGAGAGCUGGAAAAAGACCUCAGACGACAGACAGAAAUCAAUGGGAUUGCUCUAAAUGAGUGUUUUGUAAAGACAUUGCACAAAAGUGAAAGAAAACUUGUACAGCAGCUCAGACUUGCAGGUCACUGCAGUGUACUUUUGUUCCAGGUUGAAUUUGCAGUGACUGAGAUUCAGGAGGGUGAUGCUCUGCUCAGGAGAGUUACAGAGCUCAAUAUCGUUGUGGAUGGUGUUGAAUUCAAAGAUUUCUCUGCAUUUGUGUCCAGAGUGGAGGACACAAAAGAUCUUCUUUUGUUCUUCAGGACCUUGAGGACGUUCUCUGAGAGAUGUGAGGAGAGGCGUCAAACGUUUCAGCACUUUCAGGAGAAGUACCCAGACGUGGUCAGCCUUCCAGAGGGCUGCAGAUCGGACCUCAUGAUUAUAAGAAGUCCUCAACUUCCCGGGAUCUCCAUGACCAUAUUCUGGAAGAUCGAUGUGUCCAUGGAAGGAGUGGUAAAGCCAUCGCUUGAGCUCCUGCUGAAAAUGCCAGACCAGGCUCGGGAGUUUGACACCAAAAAAGUGAUGGAAAACGGCUCGAAUUACUUUCAGAGCCUCCUGCAGAUUCUCGGGGUGGAAGCGUCAAUCGAGGGCUUGAUAAGAACCGUAUGUUUGUAAGAAGUCAUAAAACAAGCCAACGUUCACGCCGUGGGAACUUCAUAUCUAAUCUUUUUAUUCGAUAUAAACACCUGUACAAUCACCUGUUAGGAACUACAUAGUGAUGCCACCUGUACAUGUCAAUCAUUUUUACGCAUGAUAUGCCCACACUGUAUGGAAAUAUACAAUAUUAGACAAGAGCUAGAAAAAUAAAUAAUUUUAAAUACAAAAUGUUUGACAGCAAAAUCCACUUUGUAUUUUCAAAUAGUUAAAUUUUAACAUUAGAUUCCAUCACAGUAACUGUGAUCUUCCUUUCUUUUCUUGCUUAAUAACAGAAUUAAUGUCCAUUCCUACCUACAUAGUGAUUAUAAAUCUUUAUUUCAUUAGAAUAACACAGUGUCACCACCUAAGACUCAUAAUAUCUCUCUCGUCUGGCUCGUCUGGUUCAACAGGGGAAAGAUGUUGUUAAAACAAAGGCAAAUACAGUAAUGAAACUGCACUUUUCAAUCAGUUACAUCAUAACAUGACCAUCCAACAAACGCCAUCGGUUGGACAACGAAGGCGUUUUCACUCACAGGUAAGGCGUAUUAAUACUUCUCUUGACACCAGUUCACAUUAAGACAAAGGGGAGUGUGAACAGUUUGGCAAUGUUGAAUGUUCAUCCAUGUAAAACUCAAAACACUAUUCGCCUGAUGAGAACUGCAUAGACGACUUUGAGAAAGGCAAGCCGAUGCAGUUUGCAUCACGCUAAAGGAGGUAAACAGGAGCAUGAGCAUCUCUCAUGCCACAGUAUAUUGUAACAGUAAUAUUCCCCAUGACAGAGAAAGGCGACCGUGAGGUGCCAUCUUUAGUGUUAAAGUUGCACCAUAAUAUCUGUGCGAACCGUCUCACUGUGGUUGUUUUUUGGGUCAAAGGCGCCAAACUUGCAACUCGUGUUAAAUCAACACUACCAUUUCUGUGGCCUAUACUGCUUCUCUGGGAAAAAAAAAAAAAACUUUUCCACUGUUGGAAAAACCUGCUAGAUCAUCUUUUUUUAUUGUGCUAACGAAAACUGGCGUGCUGUCCAUCUUUGGUCGACUUAUGAAAUAUGUCUGGCUCUGCAACCAAUUAUGGCCAUUAAAACUCAAUCCAAAUGCAACCAUAGUAGCGUUCACGUGGCUGGGGAUGGAUUCCUCUGGUUGUUUUCUGCUCUACGAUAUCAAAACAGACAACAAUUAAGCGUAUUAGUGUCAAACUCAGAGACAAAGCAAUUGUUGAUGGACAGACAGCUGAUUUUUGCAUUUUACAGCAGUUUUUCUGGGAAAAACUAAUGUUUGAUGUUUGAGAUGAUGGACUAGCUAGUUCAACCAAAAGUUGCACACCAACAUGUCUGUAUACUGAUGUUUUUCCACAUUUUUCAAGAAUCGUUACGCAACUUUUGCCAUACAGUUUGUAUGUGACCAAAUAUCGUCAAGCUCUAAAGCAACAAAUGUAGUUCAUAUGACUUGUGCAAAUUUUACUCAAAACCAAGUCGUUAUUCACCGGUGAUUGUUCUAAAAUGUUGCAUUCCUUCACAAUUCUGACAAAAUACCUGGCCAGAAUGACGAGCUGCAUAACGAUUCUAUCAGACGGGUUUGCGAUGACAUGAGGGUUAGUAAACAAUGGGCAAUUUUUUUUUAUUGAACUACUCGUUAACAAGACACUUCGGUAAACUGUUACGCUAGCCAAGCGUAUGUUACAAAAAUACACUUUCAUUAGCGAGUAAUGUCAUUAGACUUAUCCUCUAAUUUAUAAAAUCUAUCUUACGGGUAGUGACGGUGUUAGCGCGACCUCAUUCGCUGGCAUGCAACAGGUCUGUGCUUGUCAGUAUAACUCCCGCUACUGUAGCUAGCCGAGGGUCAGUGGUUUGAAGAGCUCUAGGGAUGUAGUCGCGCUAAAAACUCAAGUACUUGUCUGUUUUUGAAUUCCAAACUGCCUGUACAGCGACUGCAGACACGGCCAAGCUGAUGCACGG